GCCGCUUGCACCUCUUCGCCAUCAUAACGUAUCCCCUCUGACUUGGUUAUGCACGGGACCUCCUCUGCAGGACAUAAUCAUUGAAACGCGACAAAAUCUUCAUACACAAAUUUGAUGCUGACUGCUAUAUACGUGACGACUAACACCGCUAUGGCUAAUGGGUUGUUCCAAUCACGAAGAAACGGGAAUUGAUCAAUUCACUUGAUACAAGCGCAGGACCAAGACAGUAUUCUAAUGGGUUGGCACCCUGAACUGGUCACCAGCGUUAGACCAUUCUCCAUGCUCAAACCGCCCAUCGUGCACUGUCAGAUAGCCAUGCUGGCUAUACCUGCCGACGUACUGCUGCAAGUGCAUGAGGCUACAAAUGGGCAAGCACUUUUCCUGAUAGAAGACAUGUCCUUUAGCGACUGGGCUUCUCUGGUCCCUGUCAUGCAGACUAGACCCCAGGACCUAUCGGACAAGAUCAAGGAAUUGGCCUCCAACAUUGCGGACGUCUGCAAGAAGGCCGCUAUUGAGAACAAAGAACUCAACCUCAUCGUCGCAAAGGCCAAAAAGGUGAUCCUUGGCCUCCACGGCUAUGACACGACGCAUCUAGACACUGCCGGCUGGGUAUCCACUAACGAUACUGCAGACACCUUCACCGACAACUACAUCAGCAGCAUCGCCCUUACGCCCGCCGAGCUGGAAUACUUCAAACAGAAGGAGGUCAUGAGACGGCAAUCUGCACAUCUUGACAUCUCCUCUUCUGCUAGGGACACCAGCCACAAGUUCGCGAAGAACAGUCCAUUCCUUCCGUUGGCUUCAAGCACCUGGACGGAGAAAGCGAUGCAGCGUGUCCAUAACCGAUCAUGGAAAUUGGAUACCUUCAACUACACUGCACCUAUCAGUGUCAAUGCAUACAUGGCCCUUGCUGACCUAACCGCCGCGGAUAUCGACAACUGCCAUACCGCAGCCAGGAAUGCGACCAUUUACUUCCCCGCCGGAAGGGCCGGACUUGACGCAGACUUUCCUCCGAUCUCGAGCCUUGAAAAAGGCAAAUGUUCCCAAAGACCGCUGCUGCACCAGAAGGGGAUCCCCAAGUUCCCGGCAGACCUGCUGGAACUGAAGAAGCUCUGGAACGGAGGCAGGCCUUUCCUCAAAUGCCCCUGCCCAGGCUGCGAAGCAAACUUCACAUGGCUGGACCACAUGAUCUGGUACAUCAUCGGCAACCUGGACAAGUUGGACCCGCUUGCGCCAUCUGACAAGAUCAGGAUGCUGGAAUUCCAAGCCCUGUUACGGACCUCCUGGAAGAAACCCGUUCUGGCACAGAUCACAUUCACCUUCAUGAGGGAGUACAUGCUGAAGAUUCUGCACCUCGUCACAGAGAACAGGAACAUCACUCCAGAAGAAAUCCUCGGCUUUGAAGACUUCAAAAAUGUGCCUUUCGUACGAAAGUUCACCGCCGCCUUGCUCCCAAAUGCAGAAGGGCUGCUCGCACAGACGCCCAGCAGGAGAAACGGCAGCAUCGACUUCGAAGACAAUUCACUUCGCAGAUGUACAUCGACUGCAGACCAUGGAAGACGGAAGACUUGGUUGGAAAACCAACAGAGAAAACGGUAAAAUAAUAAUCGCCUGUCACUACCCAAACCGCCUGAUGGACAGAGUAAAAUUCAAAAGGAUUU